AUGUCUUUUCUCCGGACGGCUUUGAACAGCUCCGUCAUCAUUCAUCCUCCAGGCUUCUACAUAGUUGGAUUUGAGUCUUUACCAUCUGUAAACGUCUUUUUCAUCUUUCUAGCAAUUGUUUAUGUGGUUACAGUGCUGUUUAACGGUUUGCUGAUUAUUGUUGUGGUUAUUAAUCCAUCCUUACACACGCCAAAAUUUCUGGCUGUCAUCAACCUUGCAGUGAUUGAUUUAUGCUUUACCGCUUGCAGCAUUCCUGGCAUGAUAAAAAUAUUUCUUUUUAAGGAUAAUUUUGUUCCAUUCAACCAGUGCUUGGUGCAGAUGUUUUUUUAUUACGUCUUUGCUGCUUUAGAGUCUUAUGCGCUCAUGAUACUGGCCUAUGACAGGCUGGUUGCCAUUUGCUUCGCUUUGCGCCAAAACUCCAUCAACACAGUGCGCAGCAUGUGCUGCAUCAUCACUAUUACCUGGUGUUAUAUUCUGGGAGUGACGGCCUAUUCUGUGGCUUUAAUAACAAAACUUUCAUUUUGUAGCUCUGUCAAAGUGUUUAGUUAUUUUUGUGAUUAUGCACCUGUGUAUAGGCUUGCCUGUAAUGACAAUUCAAAGCAGUGGUUUGCAGGAACGUUUUUUAGCUAUUUGAACCUUUUAGGGCCUUUUACUUUCAUAGUGCUGUCAUACGUAAGCAUCCUGGUGACUGUGUUCAGAAUGAAAACAUCCGACAAUCGGCGGAAGACCUUGGCUACUUGUGCUGAACACAUCAUCCUUGUCGCGAUCUUUUACAUUCCUUUUUUUGUGAUCUAUACCAUGGGCUUCUAUUUGGGUCCAGUUAAUCCAGACCUCAGAGUUUUAAGUCUGUCGAUGGCCUCCUGCCUCCCACCAUGCAUCAAUCCUGUUGUGUAUUCCUUAAAGACUAAAGAGCUUAAAACUCGAGCGCUGGCACUGGUUAGAAAAAAGGGACAAGUGGUUUCUGUUAAUUCUAACAGAAUCAUUGUGGUGCUUAGAACAAGAAAGUAA